CGACUUUUUCGAUGUCAUAGCAGUUCUGCCACCUGGGUAAAAAAGUUGCUAAUACCAUCCUCAUCAGAAUAUAAUUCGGAGACGUGUAAAGUUAGAGAGGAAAUCCUUAAUUAAUACAAGAUAAUUAAGAAAAAGAGAGCGCACAAUAACCAAUUUCUUUGUCCAGAAGUUGAUGCUGAUGUUGUACUACAGUCUCAACCGUUUAAAAUUAUGUUGCUGUAACUACAAUACCGCUUUCCUAGUCUUGUUAAGUGUAACCGGGGCGAGGUCGACGAUAAUUAUUUUAUCAUUAUCGCUGCGCUACAACAAUAGGUAUAGAACUCGUAGCUAUCAUAACAUUGCUAAUAUUGCAAAUCUAACGCUUGCAUGUUCUCAUUUGAUCACUACUAGACACAGACCACCGCCGCAUGCCAAGACAACCACUAAUUACAUACACUCUUCUUUACGGCGAUGACGGGGUUGGCCGAGUAGUAUUAGAAGAUUAUCACUUGAUUGGUUCCCUGUUGUGGUAGUGGUAGGAUCUACAAU